AGUGACAGCCUGGGGGAAAGACUUUUUUGUGUGUUGCCCCGUUGGACUUGAAGGGGCUUUACGUGACGACUCAGAGAGGGGGCAACACUUCUGAACGGAGGCGCAGCCGUGCAGGACAGUUCAGAAGAGCAGAGAGGAGAGGAGCUGUGCGGGAGAGACGGGUGCCCAUCCGUCAUAUAGCUGGAGGAACGCGCACUAACAAACCCUUAUGGCUGCUUGAGAAAUAACGAUAAACCCCCCCUUCCCCUUUUUUUCUCUUUCUCUGGGACUUUUGGCUUUUUAGUAUUGGCCUGACCAGAAGUUGUUGCACGUCUAAUUAGUUGCUCCAAGUUGAAAAGUGAAUCCACUUGCCGUGGACGUCUCUGGCGGUCAUGGAUACCCCUAUAAGAUGGAAAGUUAAACGGAGGAUAAGGGAUGCCCAAGUCACUUUAGCGGUGAUUCUGCUUUUUGUCACAUCGCAAACGAGUUCAGCGGAACCAGCCAACCUCUUGAAGAUUUUAGAUUUUCACAGUUUACCUGAGGGUGUUACAAAAACAACGGGUUUCUGCUCACAUCGGAGGUCAACACAAGGACCCGAUGUGGCUUACAGAGUAUCCAAAGACGCCCAACUCAGCGCCCCCACCAAACAGCUGUAUUCAGGUGAUGUGUUCCCGGAGGACUUUUCCAUCUUGGCCACGGUGAAGCCUAAGAAGGGCAGCCAGUCUUUCCUGUUGUCUGUGUACAAUGAACAGGGCAUCCAACAGCUCGGACUGGAAGUGGGACGCUCUCCUGUGUUCCUGUACGAGGACCACACAGGCAAACCCAGCCCUGAGGACUACCCCCUCUUCAGAGGAGUCAACCUAGCGGACGGAAAAUGGCAUCGAGUGGCCAUCAGUGUGCACAAGCAGACCAUCACCCUCAUUCAGGACUGUAAAAAGAAGACCACCCAGAAGCUGCUCCGAAGCCCCAACCCCAUUAUCGAUACCAAGGGAAUUAUAGUGUUUGGAACUAGAAUACUUGAUGAAGAAGUCUUUGAGGGAGACAUCCAGCAGCUCAUGAUUGUAGCAGACCAUCGUGCUGCCUAUGACUACUGUGAGCACUACAGUCCUGACUGUGAAGUGCCAGUGCCUGAACAGCCUCAGAACCAGGACCCCAACACAGAUGAAUAUAACACAGAGGAGGACAGCUAUUAUUAUGAAUACCCUUACUAUGAGGACGGGGAUGGCAAGGCUCAAGAAUUGACACCUGAUACUGAGACAGCCACCACAGAAGUCAAGGAGACAGAUGGUGACAUCGUGGUUUUGAGGGGCAGUUCUGACAGCACCGGCGGCAAAGUCUUGACCUCCACUAGCUCAUCCUCUGGCACAUCCUCCUCUUCCAGCGGCUCCUCAGCGAGCUCUUCAGGUACUGCCACUGGCGGAGGAGACGCCUACGGAGAGGAGACCAGCCCUUACGACAGCUACGAUGGCUACGGUAACUACGAGACCUACUAUGACGAGUCCACGGCAUCGCCUGACGGGGACACCUCUCGACGUGUUCCCAUCACCAGCACCAGCAUUGGUACCGGGGGUGAGCUGGAUCUCGGAGCAGGGGGAAAGAUUGACUUGGAUGCAGGAACUGGAAGGACGGUCAUCACCAGUGGAGGAGGAACUUCAGUAAUCAUCUCCGGCAAUAAGACAUCAAUAGGAAGUUCCUACGAUGACUACACCGAUGGAUAUGAUUAUGGUGUGGACGCCACUGGUGGAGGAGGCGGCAGUAGUAGUACAGUCCAUCUUGGAGGAGGAGGAGGCAGUAGCAGCAGCAGUACAGUCCACCUUGGAGGUGGAGGAGGCAGUAGCAGCAGCAGUACAGUCCAUCUUGGAGGUGGAGGAGGCAGUAGCAGCAGCAGGACAGUCCACAUUGGAGGUGGAGGAGGCGGCAGCAGCAGUUCUACCAUCACAAUUGGGGGUGGGUCUGCCGGAGGUGGUUCUGUGUCCGUAGGAGGUGGUUCUGCCUCUGUUGGAGGAUCUUCCACCACUGGAGGUGGAUCGGCAAGCGCCGGCACCGGAGCAGGGGGGUCCAUCGCCACUGGAACUGGCCUGGGCUUGGAAGGCGAGGGUGACUACACGGAUCUGGAUGGGUUCAAGGAGGAGCACAUCUCCAACUAUGACGAUUUAGACCCCUAUGACGUCUAUGGAGACCCCGAUUAUGGCGACAAAGAGGGCAAAGUGCUACCUGCUGAGACCGAUCAGUAUUAUGGACAGGUCGACGGAGCUCGCGGCGAGAAGGGACAGAAGGGAGAGCCUGCUGUUAUUGAGCCUGGAAUGUUAGUGGAGGGUCCGCCUGGGCCUGAAGGGCCAACAGGUCUCCCCGGACCCCCAGGUUCUUCUGGCCCACCAGGCAGCUCUGGAGAUCCUGGAGAGAGGGGUCCUCCAGGUCGUCCUGGCCUUCCUGGUGCUGAUGGUCUGCCAGGACCCCCUGGAACUGUCCUGAUGCUGCCUUUCAGAUUCAGCGCUGGAGGUGACUCUGGACAGAAGGGACCUGCUAUGUCAGCACAGGAGUCCCAGAUGCAAGCCAUCAUGCAGCAGGCUAGGCUGGCUAUGCGCGGCCCUACAGGUCCAAUGGGUUUGACUGGAAGACCUGGCCUUCUGGGUCCUCCUGGUGUAGCAGGACUCAAGGGAGAGUCUGGAGAAGCAGGUCCUCAGGGACCACGUGGACCUUUGGGAUCCCCUGGACCACCUGGAAAGCCUGGCAGAAGGGGUCGUUCUGGAUCCGAUGGUGCCAGGGGCAUGCCAGGACAGUCUGGACCCAAGGGAGACAGAGGGUUUGAUGGUUUGGCUGGACUUCCUGGUGAAAAGGGACACAGAGGUGAACCUGGCCCCGCUGGACCUCCUGGCGGCCCUGGGGAGGAUGGAGAGAGGGGAGAUGAUGGAGAGAUCGGACCCAGGGGACUUCCUGGUGAACCAGGGCCCCGUGGUUUGCUGGGACCAAAAGGACCUCAGGGACCUCCUGGGCCCCCUGGUGUUACUGGAAUGGAUGGCCACCCUGGGCCCAAAGGAAACAUAGGACCUCAAGGAGAGCCAGGACCUCCUGGACAGCAAGGCAACCCAGGUGCCCAGGGACUUCCAGGGCCCCAAGGAGCCAUCGGACCUCCAGGAGAGAAGGGUCCUACUGGAAAGCCAGGCUUGCCAGGAAUGCCAGGAGCUGAUGGUCCACCGGGUCACCCUGGAAAGGAGGGGCCUUCUGGAGAGAAAGGGCACAUGGGCCCUGCUGGCCCUCAAGGACCCAUUGGUUAUCCUGGGCCCCGAGGUGUGAAGGGAGCCGAUGGUGUACGUGGUCUUAAAGGAACCAAGGGAGAAAAGGGAGAAGACGGCUUCCCUGGCUUCAAGGGAGAUAUGGGUAUCAAGGGUGACAGGGGAGAGCUUGGAUCAGCAGGACCCAGAGGAGAAGAUGGUCCUGAGGGACCAAAGGGCCGCUCAGGUCUCCCAGGAGAUGCUGGUCCUAUUGGCCCAACUGGUGAGAAGGGUAAACUUGGAGUUCCCGGAUUGCCAGGAUACCCAGGAAGACAAGGACCAAAGGGAUCUCAGGGUUUCCAAGGUUUCCCUGGCGCCAAUGGAGAGAAAGGAACUCGGGGAACAGCAGGAAAGUCUGGCCCACGCGGACAGAGAGGACCAACGGGGCCUCGAGGAGAGAGGGGACCAAGAGGACCAACAGGAAAAGCUGGACCAAAGGGUAACUCAGGAAAUGACGGCCCACCAGGACCUCCCGGUGAGAGGGGUCUGCCAGGGCCUCAGGGACCAACAGGCUUCCCAGGCGGAAAGGGCCCCCCUGGACCUGCAGGGAAAGACGGACUGCCUGGACAUCCUGGACAGAGAGGAGAGACUGGAUUCCAAGGGAAGACCGGCCCUCCUGGUCCUCCAGGCGUGGUUGGACCUCAGGGACCAACAGGUGAGACUGGACCAAUGGGAGAUCGGGGCCACCCUGGACCCCCAGGCCCACCUGGUGAGCAGGGUCUACCCGGAGCUGCAGGGAAAGAAGGAGCCAAGGGUGACCCUGGUCCUGCUGGCCCAGCAGGUAAGGAUGGCCCACCUGGGGCAAGAGGAUUCCCUGGAGAGAGAGGUCUUCCUGGCCCUGUGGGGGCCCACGGCCUAAAAGGGAAUGAGGGUCCACACGGCCCACCUGGCCCUGCUGGUUCUCCUGGUGAGCGUGGUCCUGCUGGCCCAGCCGGACCUACAGGUCUGCCUGGACGUCCUGGCCCCCAGGGACCUCCAGGCCCUGCUGGAGAGAAAGGCGGACCGGGAGAGAAAGGACCUCAAGGCCCAGCUGGAAGAGAUGGCAUUCAGGGACCUGUGGGUCUGCCAGGACCUGGAGGACCUCCUGGACCACCUGGGGAGGACGGCGACAAAGGAGAGCUUGGAGAGCCAGGCCAGAAAGGAAGCAAGGGUGACAAAGGAGAACAUGGUCCACCUGGUCCUACCGGCCCUCAAGGACCUGUUGGAGCACCUGGUCCUGCUGGUGCAGAUGGUGAGCCUGGUCCCAGAGGUCAGCAGGGUCUAUUUGGCCAAAAGGGAGAUGAAGGAUCAAGAGGAUUCCCCGGACCUCCAGGCCCAGUCGGGCUGCAGGGCUUGCCUGGUCCACCUGGUGAGAAAGGUGAAACUGGAGACGUUGGUCAAAUGGGUCCACCCGGUCCUCCUGGUCCCAGAGGCCCCUCAGGACCCCCAGGAGCCGAUGGUCCUCAGGGACCUCCUGGUGGUAUUGGAAACCCUGGUUCUGUUGGAGAAAAGGGAGAUGCUGGUGAAACAGGAGAGCCAGGUCUUCAGGGAGAAGUUGGCCCACCAGGCCCAAGAGGAGAGCGAGGAGAAAAGGGAGAGUCCGGUCCGGCUGGUGCAGCUGGACCUCCUGGCCCUAAGGGUCCCCCUGGAGAUGAUGGUCCCAAAGGCAGCCCAGGUCCAAGUGGUUUCCCCGGUGACCCCGGCCCCCCUGGAGAGCCUGGUCCUGCUGGGUUAGACGGUCCAGCCGGUGACAAGGGAGAUGAUGGAGAGCCUGGUCAGCCUGGUUCUCCUGGACCCACUGGAGAGUCUGGUCCCUCCGGACCACCAGGAAAGAGAGGCCCACCUGGAUUAGCAGGUCCUGAGGGAAGACAAGGAGAGAAGGGAGCCAAGGGAGAGUCUGGCUUGGAAGGUCCCCAAGGAAAGACAGGUCCUGUUGGUCCUCAAGGAUCACCCGGCAAGCCCGGUUCUGAAGGCCUCAGGGGUAUCCCUGGCCCUGUUGGAGAGCAAGGUCUACCUGGUUCUCCAGGCCCUGAUGGACCUCCCGGACCUAUGGGACCUCCUGGUUUACCCGGUUUGAAAGGAGACUCUGGUGUGAAAGGAGAAAAGGGCCAUCCGGGUCUUAUUGGUCUUAUCGGACCCCCAGGUGAACAGGGAGAAAAGGGUGACAGGGGACUCCCUGGUCCUUCAGGAUCACCUGGUUCCAAAGGAGAUAAUGGUAUUGCUGGUCCUUCAGGUCCACUUGGUCCACUUGGUCCACCCGGAUUACCUGGUCCUCCUGGUCCCAAAGGAGCUAAAGGGUCAUCAGGUCAAACUGGACCAAAGGGAGAGACUGGUACACCUGGACCUCCUGGCCCUCCUGGCCCUCCCGGCGAUGUUAUCCACCCACUCCCCAUACAGUCUAACAUUAAGGGCAGAACUCGUAGGAACAUCGAUGCCAGCCAGGUGGUGGACGACGCAGCCGUGGAUGCCAACUACAAGGACUACGAUGACGGCAUGGAGGAAAUCUUUGGCUCACUCAACUCCCUUAAGCUGGAGAUCGAGCAGAUGAAGCAUCCACUGGGCACACAGAGCAACCCUGCUCGUACCUGCAAGGACCUGCAGCUCUGCCACCCUGAUUUCCCUGAUGGUCAGUACUGGAUUGAUCCAAACCAGGGCUGCUCUCGGGACUCCUUCAAGGUUUACUGCAACUUCACAGCAGGUGGAGAGAGCUGCAUCUUCCCAGAUAAGAAGUCUGAAGGGGCUAGGCUCACAUCCUGGGUAAAGGAGAAUCCCGGCUCCUGGUUCAGUGAAUUCAAACGUGGUAAACUGCUCUCCUACGUGGAUGCGGAGGGCAGCCCCAUUGGCGUGGUCCAGAUGACCUUCUUGCGGUUGCUGAGCGCGGCAGCCAAGCAGAACCUGACAUACAACUGCUACCAGUCGGUGGCCUGGCACGACCAGGACCAGGAUAACUAUGACAAGGCCAUCCGCUUCCUGGGCUCCAAUGAUGAGGAGAUGUCUUAUGAUAACAACCCCUACAUCCGCGCCCUGGUCGAUGGCUGUGCAAUCAAAAUCAACAAAGAAGACAUUGAUGACAUUAAGUCUCAUGGAGGUGGAGUCCCCCCUGAUAUAGCCAACAAACUAAACCAGCUGGACACCAGGGUGUUAACACUUGAGAAUAAAGUGACUGCACUUGAAUCGACGGUCCAGCAGGUGUCCUGCAGGAGUAAUCCCUGUCAGAAUGGAGGAACAUGUCUGAACUUGCUCAACUCAUAUCACUGUGUGUGUCCCAACAGCUGGGCUGGUCCUAACUGUGCAGCAGAUGUGAAUGAAUGUCAGGUGUACUCGGGAACAUUUCAGGCUUGUCAGAAUGGAGGGACCUGUGUCAACACCCCUGGAUCAUUCACACCAGUAGGAUCCCGCAGACAGCCUCCACUCCCUCCCUCCCUGCCUGACUCAACGGUCGUUCCCUCUGAGAGCCACAGGUGUGAGCUGAGACAAGGAAACUGUUAUCAGAGUAGACUGGGAAAGGUGUGUGAAGUGGGUCUCACGUGGAGUAAUCCUCCUGCUUCCCCCUCCCAGUGA